UCACCGCGCGAGGUCUCCAAUAUCAAUUCGGAGUUUGUCCGUCACUCCUGCCGACCCUUAAGAGUGGGAUAGGUUGCUCUUCCGCUCCUGGCGGUUAGACAGCCCUGAAUUAGCUCAACUAUGAUCGAUUGGCAAUUGUAAUUAAUCGUAUUCAACGAAACGGCUCUUUUCGAUAUCAGGAUGAACGUGAAAAAAUAUAUUCAUCCAAGGAAUAAAUACAAGAAACCGCCGGAUUACAAGCAACUCGCGGUCUUGUAUCCGGAGUUUCGCAAAAUUGCAAUCAUGGACAUUGCGGGAAAAGUUAGAAUUGACUUUCAAAACAAGAAGAGUCUGCGUGUACUUACAGAGACACUUUUGAAGCAUGACUUUGAUCUACAUGUAAGUAUUCCACCAGACAAUCUGAAUCCAGCAAUCACUCUGCGCAUGAAUUACGUUCUAUGGAUAGAAGAUUUGAUGAAGCAUUUCAAAUUGGAAAUGGAUAAGAUUGCAGGCAUUGACAUUGGGACAGGAGCAAUUUGUAUAUAUGCUUUGUUGCUGGCAAAAAUCUACGGAUGUCAUGUAAUUGGCACAGAAGUAGAUAAGAAAAGCAUGGAAUAUGCAGAGAAAUGUAUAGCAAGAAACAACCUGCAAAAUUUAAUUAAAGUAGUUACAGUAAAUUCCGAUGGAAUUUUUAAGGAUGCGAUGGAAGAUGAUAAAAUUUACGACUUUUCGAUGUGCAAUCCGCCGUUUUUCGAGAGCGAUGACAAUGGCGAAAGAAUCGCGAAAGUUUUGCCACCGAGAAACGCGCCUAGCGGAAACGAUAGUGAAUUGAAAACCACGGGUGGCGAAAUAGCCUUUGUGACAAGGAUGAUAGAUGAGAGUAUCGAUUUGGGAAAUCGAAUAAAGAUCUACACUACGAUGAUAGGUAGAAAAGUCGAUUUGUUCGACCUUAAAAAACUAAUAAGAUCGAAAAAUAUAGAGAACAUAACAUGGACGGAGUUUUGUCAAGGUCACACAACACGAUGGGGUUUGGCUUGGAGCUUCCUACCAAAAAACGUUUUGGACCUGAGUAGCGCACCUGUUAUCAGAAAAAGUGGAAAAUCCAUUGUACAAUCCUUAAAGAAAGAUUCUAAAACUUUGAUAACAUUUCCUAAGAACGAUAAAUUUUCUUGUAUGGAAAAUUUAGUCAGUUUUUUAAGAACAACGGCAGAAGAAUUAAAUAUUAAAUUACAAGACCUAUCCAUUCCUGAAGAUAGUUCUGACAGCUGGUUAGGUCGAAUAACUGUUAGAGAGAAAUCAUGGGAGCACGCGCGCAGGAAACGACGUUUAGCGCAACAGAUUGCGCUGAAAAGAGUUAAAGAUAAAGAUGAAGAGCAUAACAAAGUGAAUGUAAAGACUGGAGAAUAUUCAAACUCUAUAUCUAUCAUAAAAGAACCUAAUGAUAUCAAGCAAGAUAAUAAAAAUUCUUCAGAUAAAAUAUCCUCAAUUAGGGCUGAAAAUGAAGAAAGUUCUGAUAAAAAAGUAUUUGAAUGCGUUCCAUUACUUACUUGUAAGCUCUGGAUAGAGAUUGAAAGUUCUGAAUGUGAAGAGGCAAUUGUUCAAAGUGAUAUAUUUAGGAUAUGGAUGAUAUUUGAAAAUGGAAGCGGCGGUUUGGACGCAUUACAAUCACUACGACAGUAUUUGAUAAAUAAAUUGGACGUAAGAGAAAAGAUUCUCGUUAAUCAAUCAAAAUCUGUUAAAAAAAGAAGAGAAAAGAGAAGGAAAAUUUCUGAUGAAGAUGUCGCUAUUCCAUUGGAACGAUUAUAGUGAGAAUAAAAAAGAUCCGUCUGGAUAAUAAACAAGACAUGCAGAAAGUAAAUUACUGGCAACUUCUUAAAUUAGAUCGACGCUGCAUUGUACAUAUAAAACGAUUUAUUUCAUGCAACAUGUUUAAGUCUGCUGUAACAGGAUGGUAUAUGUAAAUCAAAUCCGUAACUUUUUUUAUUUAUGUAUAAUAUUAUAGACCUUAUAAUUAUUAUA